GCGAGACGCGAGACUUCCGCCGGCACGGCUCCUGCCGCUCAACACCUUUAUCUCCUCAACGGGGAACUUUCUGUCGCUGUACCGGCCGAACGGAGCCCGGACCCCCGCCGCGGCGGAGCACAGACCCGGCGUGUGUCUGAGAGCGCGGGCGGAGCCCCGCGGAGGCCGAGAGAGGAGCCCGGAGGACGUUUUAACGGCGGUGAGCGCUGACAGCUCGGGCUUCCCACCCGGCGCCGCGUCGCGUCGCGUCUCGGUCGUGGCCACAGUGUGUGUGUGUGUGUGUGUGUGUGUGUGUGUGAGAUUGUGUGUGUGAGACUGUGACUGUGUGUGUGUGUGUGUGUUGAUAACGGAGCGGCGGGCAGCACCGGGAUCUCCGGGAGAUCACCCGCUCGAGCCGGAGCCCGAGGCGCCGCAGCCGUUUGUUUUUGAGCCGGACACGUGACGUGGUAGACCGGCCGCUGGUGCGCGAGCGGCGGCCCGAGCGGAUCCCUCCACCCGGACCUCCACCCGGACCCCGCUCAGGCCCCCACCCGGACCCCCAUGAUGCACCAGCAGGGCUCGGUCCUGGGCCCCCUGCUCGGAGACGUGUUCUGCCAGUGCCGGGCGGCGGAGAGCCAUCCCGGGGUCGACCCGGGCGGCGGCGGCGGGGGCGACCCCUCCUCGCCCCCCCUGUCUGCGCAGGGCAGCCGGGGUCCCGCGCGGUCCCCGCCUCACCCCUGUGAGCUGUGCGGGGGGUCGGAGCAGGAGCACCGGCUCAAGGUGCUGUUCCAGGUCCUGGACGUGAACGGAGACGGAGGCAUCUGCGUGAACGACCUGACCAUCGGUCUGAAGAAGCUGGGAGUGCACCGCACCGAGCACGAGCUCAGGAAAAUCGUGAAGGCCGGAGACAAAGACCAGGACGGACAGCUGGACUUCGAGGAGUUCGUCCACUACCUGAGAGACCACGAGAAGAAGCUGCGGCUGGUCUUCAAGAGUCUGGACAAGAAGAACGACGGCUGGAUCGACUCGCAGGAGAUCAUGCAGUCGCUGCGAGACCUCGGGGUCAACAUCUCCGAAGAGCAGGCCGAGAAGAUCCUGAAGAGAAUAAGGAGGGGUCAUAUCUGGGCUCCUAUCUUGUACAUGGACAAGAACGGCACCAUGACCAUCGACUGGAACGAGUGGCGGGACUACCACCUGCUGCACCCGGCAGGCAACAUCCCCGAGAUCAUCCUGUACUGGAAGCACUCCACGAUCUUCGACGUGGGAGAGAGUCUGAUGGUCCCUGAUGAGUUCACGGCGGAGGAGAGGAACACCGGCAUGCUGUGGCGACACCUGGUGGCGGGCGGCGGGGCCGGCGCCGUGUCCCGGACCUGCACCGCGCCGCUGGACAGGCUCAAAGUGCUCAUGCAGGUUCACGCCUCCAAGAGCAACAGCAUGCGCAUCGCCGGAGGCUUCGGCCAGAUGAUCCGGGAGGGCGGCGUGAGGUCUCUGUGGCGAGGGAACGGCAUCAACGUCAUCAAGAUCGCCCCCGAGUCCGCCAUCAAGUUCAUGGCGUACGAGCAGAUCAAACGGUUCAUCGGGAGCAACCAGGAGACGCUGGGCAUCGCCGAGAGGUUCGUGGCCGGCUCGCUGGCCGGCGCCAUCGCUCAGAGCAGCAUCUACCCCAUGGAGGUCCUGAAGACCCGGCUGGCCCUGAGGAGGACUGGUCAGUACUCGGGCAUCGUGGACUGUGCCAAGCGGAUCCUCCGCAAGGAGGGAGUGGCUACGUUCUACAAGGGCUACGUGCCCAACAUGCUGGGAAUCAUUCCGUACGCCGGCAUCGACCUGGCCGUGUACGAGACUCUGAAGAACUCGUGGCUGCAGCGCUUUGCCACGGACAGCGCCGACCCCGGAGUCUUCGUCCUGUUAGCCUGUGGGACGACGUCCAGCACGUGUGGCCAGCUGGCCAGUUACCCCCUGGCUCUGAUCAGGACCAGGAUGCAGGCACAAGCCACUCUGGAAGGCGGCCCUCAGAUGAGCAUGACGGGCCUGUUCAGACACAUCGUCCGGACCGAGGGGCCCGCCGGACUCUACCGGGGUCUGGCCCCCAACUUCAUGAAGGUCAUCCCGUCUGUCAGCAUCAGCUACGUGGUCUACGAGUACCUCAAGAUCGCUCUGGGGGUCCAGUCCAAGUGAGGCCGGAGGCAGAACCGCGGAACCACCGGGCCGGAGAACCUCUGGGUGUGCUUGGUUUUUUGUUCUUUUCCUUUGAUAACUGACAAAAAGGAAGUUUCUUCAGUCCUCGGCUUGGACAGACGGUAGAGGACGGUGGAGGACAUUAGAGGACGGUGGAGGACGGCCCGCCUGCUGCUCCUCUGGACGGACGGAGUCCUGCGUUUACAUGACACUGGGUCAGCGGCCAGACGCUCCGCCUCAAAGGGCUUCGCUACAGCAGAGCGCCUCCUUACCUGAAGACCCGCCCGCUCCGGAUCACCCAGUCCCCCCCAGUCCCCCCCAGUCCCCCCCUCCCUGCCCCCGCGUUGGCAUCGGACCGGACCUCCGUCGUCGUGGUGACGGAGGUCGAGUGAUUGGAGGUUUGGGUGAACGUGAUGCUUUGUGUUCGUACAUUCCUCUUUAGAAACCCGGACGGUAAACUGCAACCACACACGGAAUGAAGCUGGAAAAACAGAGAAUUUAUAUUUGAGCCAAGAGUUUAAUAAGUUAACACGUUAUUGAAGUAGCUUUGAAAACAUCCUGUGAAAACUGAACUGCAUCCCCUUUUUUUUUUUUGAAUAACAGAUUUAUUUAGUGGCUUUCGUGCAGUUGGCUCAUUAAAUCAGGAACGUGUAAUGACAGUGUUUUAUUCAGACUUUGCAGCACUCCUUUGUUGAAAAUGUUUUAGUUUUUUUUACAUUAUGGAGAAGUUGUGAGUUCCCGGCUGUGGAACGUUAGAGACGCCAGCAGAAGAGAGAAACCGUCACGUUGAGUUCAGGUAAAGACAGAAACUAUCAGAACCCUAAUGAAGCAUCAGAUUUAAUGUGAAUGUGUCGGAGCCGGUGCUGACCCUGGCAGAUCAAUGCUGACCCCCAUAGACCGACGCCGACCCCCCGCUGACCCCUGGUCGAACCAGCGCACAUUCCCAUGAGUGCCUUGCGUGCCGAGCCUGAUGUAGAAACUGCGCCUGAACUCUGAGGCGGGUUUGAUAGACUGAAUGCACUUUAAGGUACUCUGCUUUAAUCAUUUUUAUUUAUUUAUGGCUGUAUUUAUUUAUCUCUACCACAGUAUAAGUAUUGCCAGGUCUUGUUUGCUUCGGUCGUGCUGAUUGUCUUCAGUCAUGUGAGUCUCUGAGAACCUGAACAGUCUUAGAAGGUGGGUAAACUCAGUCAGAUGACGUUUCGUUCAGGCUCUACCUCCCAGCUGUCCGCUCGGCUCCUGGAUGAACAGCGUCGCUUCCUGUUGUGCAUCAAUAUUGUACAAAAACACUAAACUCCUUGUUUUAAGCCUUGUUCUGCCGACGAGCCGUUGGCUCUGUUAGCUCCGCAGAUCCACUCCAAAAACCAACCUCCAGCUGUUCUUCUGCUCUCGUCCUCCUGCUGUCAUUUCUGUUGGGAUCAUUCAGAACCUCUGAUCAGACUCUCGGUUUCCAGCCUGAUGCACGGCGAGCAUUAGCCCUGGAAGUACCAGGCACUUCCUCCUAAAAAAUGGAAAGAUGUGAUGUGAUGAGAUUCAACUGUAAUUUAGGGUAAAACUUAAAAAUAAAACACUUGAAAUUGCAAAAUGAAGUUGAGUGCUUUGUGUUUUCAGUGACGCACUCGUCCGUUUAACCGUUUCCAGUCAGUCGCACAGGAAGUGAAGGUGCUGGUGUAUCUGGAUGCACGGCGGUUUGGUUUACACGGUGUCCUGAGUGUGUCUGCAGAGCGUUAUAUUUUCUUCCGUGACGGUUGCUGUAGGCAGACGCUCGGCCUGGACGAAUGGAACUGGAGUUUAUGUUCAAUAAAGGACU